GUUGAAGUGUUUAAUUUUGUAUGAUGUCGUUUUCCCCUUUCCCGCUGUUUUUGUUUCGUAUUCAAUACCCCGUCCAGCUGGUGGCGGUAAUGCACCAUUAAACCCCAUCGAAGAGGAAGCAAUUAUACCAUAGAAGAAGAAGCAGGCUCCUAAGCAUAUCGCUGUUGUUUUUGGUGUGCUUAGCUGUCAUUUUCAUUCAGGACACAGAGGGCAACGAGAAAGAGGUCAGGAAAGACCGCUGACAAGUGGAAAUCAAAGGCCCUCUGGAAAAAUAGGUUUCCAGUGGAUCAUUUGACUGCAGUUUGGUUGAAGUGAAAGGAGUCUCAAACCUGCUCUGUGGUUGUUUGAGAGACAGGCGAGUUGUGUGCUAAAGGACUGCGAUGCACCGCUUAAGGACUUGUGCUGCCCGGCUGCGGCCACUGACGGUCUCUCAGACUUCUCAGAACUUUUCACAGCAGAGGCCUGCGGCUGGACCAAAGACGUUUCAGCCAGUCAGGUGCUACACUUCACCUGUGGCUGCAGAGCCUUUCCUCAAUGGAACAAGCUCUAAUUACGUGGAGGAGAUGUAUUAUUCAUGGCUAGAGGACCCCAAGAGUGUGCAUAAGUCUUGGGACAUUUUCUUCCACAAUGCCAAUGCAGGUGCUACCCCAGGCAAGGCACACCAGAGCCCUCUGAGCCUGGCCGGGCUGCCCCAAGCCCAGUCCCUGGUGGGGGCUCAGAUCAAUGUGGAGAAGCUGGUGGAAGAUCACCUGGCUGUCCAAUCCCUCAUCCGUGCCUACCAGAUCCGUGGGCACCAUGUUGCUCAGCUGGACCCUCUAGGGAUUAUGGAUGCCGAUCUGGACGCUCAUGUCCCCAAUGACAUUAUAACAUCCUCUGAUAAACUCGACCUGGCAAUGUUCAAGGACCGUCUCAGUAUUCUAACUGUUGGAGAAUCUGACUGCGUAUCACAUUUUAGAGCUGACAAACAUUGGGAGAGUGGCUUCUAUGGACUGGAUGAGUCGGACUUGGACAAAGUGUUCCGUCUGCCUACCACCACCUUCAUCGGUGGCACUGAGACAGACUUGCCCCUGAGGGAGAUCAUCCGCCGCCUGGAGAUGGCCUACUGUCAGCACAUUGGGGUGGAGUUCAUGUUCAUCAAUGACCUGGACCAGUGCCAGUGGAUCAGGGAGAAGUUUGAGAAGCCCGGCGUCAUGCAGUUCACCCUGGAGGAGAAGAGGACCCUGUUGGCCCGCAUGGUUCGCUCCACCAGGUUCGAGGAAUUUCUCCAGAGGAAGUGGUCGUCAGAGAAGCGGUUCGGCCUGGAGGGCUGCGAGUCUCUGAUCCCCGCCCUCAAGACCAUCAUCGACAAGUCCAGCGAGAAGGGUGUGGAGAACGUUGUCAUGGGCAUGCCACACAGGGGUCGUCUGAACGUUCUGGCCAAUGUCAUCCGCAAGGAGCUGGAGCAAAUCUUCUGCCAGUUUGACUCCAAGCUGGAGGCUGCUGAUGAGGGCUCUGGAGACGUGAAGUACCACCUGGGAAUGUACCACAGGAGGAUCAACCGUGUGACGGACCGCAACAUCACCCUGUCCCUCAUGGCUAACCCCUCCCACCUAGAGGCUGUGGACCCUGUGGUGCAGGGCAAGACCAAGGCCGAGCAAUUCUACUGUGGAGACACAGAGGGACACAAGGUGAUGUCUAUCCUGAUGCACGGUGAUGCUGCCUUUGCCGGCCAGGGCGUCGUGUACGAGACCUUCCAUCUCAGCGAUCUGCCCUCCUAUUCCACUCACGGCACGGUGCACGUGGUUGUCAACAACCAGAUUGGCUUCACCACUGACCCCCGUAUGGCGCGUUCCUCUCCGUACCCCACUGACGUGGCCAGGGUGGUCAAUGCUCCCAUCUUCCAUGUCAACGCUGACGACCCUGAGGCUGUGGUGUAUGUGUGCAACGUGGCGGCUGAGUGGAGAGCCACCUUCCACAAGGACGUGGUGGUGGACCUGGUGUGCUACCGGCGAUUGGGCCACAAUGAGAUGGAUGAGCCCAUGUUUACCCAGCCCCUGAUGUACAAGCAGAUCAAGAAGCAGAAGGGAGUGAUGCAGAAGUAUGGCGAGAAGCUAAUCGCCGAGGGCGCCGUCUCGAGACAGGAGUACGAGGAGGAGAUAGCCAAGUAUGAUAAGAUCUGUGAGGAGGCACAUGUUCGCUCCAAGGAUGAGAAGAUCCUCCACAUCAAGCACUGGCUGGACUCUCCCUGGCCUGGUUUUUUCAACCUCGAUGGCCAGCCCAAGAGCUUGACCUGCCCGACAACCGGCCUGACUGAGGAGGAGCUGAUCCACAUCGGACAGGUGGCCUCUUCAGUGCCAGUCGAAGACUUCACCAUCCAUGGUGGUCUGAGCCGCAUCUUGAAGGCCCGAGGGGAGAUGAUCAAAAACCGCACAGUGGACUGGGCCCUGGGGGAGUAUAUGGCCUUUGGCUCACUGCUCAAAGAGGGCAUCCAUGUUCGCCUCAGUGGCCAGGAUGUGGAGAGAGGCACCUUCAGUCAUCGUCACCAUGUGCUGCACGAUCAGAACGUGGACAAGAGGGUCUGCAUCCCCAUGAACCACAUGGCCCCCAACCAGGCCCCAUACACCGUCUGCAACAGCUCCCUGUCGGAGUACGGUGUGCUGGGUUUCGAGCUGGGCUUUGCCAUGGCCAGUCCCAAUGCCCUGGUGCUGUGGGAGGCUCAGUUCGGAGACUUCCACAACACAGCCCAGUGCAUCAUCGACCAGUUCAUCUGCCCCGGCCAGGCCAAGUGGGUCCGCCAGAACGGCAUCGUCCUGCUGCUGCCCCACGGCAUGGAGGGAAUGGGCCCAGAACACUCCUCUGCUCGUCCAGAGAGGUUCCUCCAGAUGUGCAACGAUGAUCCUGAUGUGCUCCCAAGCAUCACAGACGACUUUGCCAUUCGCCAGCUCCAUGACUGCAACUGGAUUGUGGUCAACUGCUCCAACCCUGGCAACUUCUUCCACGUGCUGAGGCGGCAGAUUCUGGCGCCCUUCAGGAAACCUCUCAUUGUUUUCACCCCCAAAUCCCUGCUGCGCCACCCUGAUGCAAGGUCCAACUUUGACGAGAUGUUGCCAGGCACAGAAUUCCAGCGCCUGAUCCCAGACAGUGGCCCCGUGACCCAGAACCCAGCCGGGGUGAAACGCAUAGUCUUCUGCACAGGAAAGGUGUACUACGAGCUAACUAAGGAACGCAAGGCCCACGGCAUGGAAGACAUGGUCGCCAUUGCUCGCAUGGAGCAGCUGUCUCCGUUCCCCUUCGACCUAGUGAAGGCUGAGUCCAAGAAGUACCCCAAUGCCGACCUGGUGUGGUGCCAGGAGGAGCACAAGAACCAGGGCUACUAUGACUAUGUCAAGCCCCGCAUGCGCACCACCAUCGAACGCACCAAGCCAGUCUGGUAUGCUGGUCGCCCACCUGCCGCAGCCCCAGCCACAGGAAACAAGAAGGCCCACCUGGUGGAGCUGAAGAAUUUCCUGGACACUGCCUUCAAUCUGGAUGCCUUCAAGGACCAGAUGUAACCAUCUCCCCCACCUCCUCGUUCCCAGGAUAAGGGGUAGCCUUCACCCUCUGCAACCCAGAAGCCCCUCCUCCGUCCCAUACACGCACACACAUACGCCCACAUACCACCUGAACUUGUCGCUCAGAGCAACUCUACUGUCCUGGCCGGGGUCUCUCUGCCUAGUCCACAACAGUCCUGUUCAUUUUAAACCACUGCCAUCUUUCCCCUACCCAGACCCUCGCUCAUCCACUCCUCUUGGUUCUGUUUGAGCAUGCCCUCUCCCACCUUCAUCAGACACAUGCCCCGAAACCACACACUCAGCAGUAGACAGCCAGCCAGUCAGUCAGUGGUCAGGAAAGAGAACCUUUGUACAGUCAGUGAUAAGUGAUCCUUAGCUUCAUUUUAUUUUCUACUACUGAAUUAAUGACAUUUUAUUUUCAUGUCAAAUUGGCAACCCAUCCUUUAUGGGAUUAAUUGACACAUAAACAAACAUGACAAUAAUUCACUAUGGUCAUUAAAUGAUAGUUCUUCUGGCGUUCUCUACCUGUAUUUCUCUGGUUAACACUCCAUUCGUGUGUGUGUGUGUGUGUGUGUGUGUGUGUGUGUGUGUGUGUGUGUGUGUGUGUGAGAGACUUAACACAUUAUAUUUUUCCAAGAGCUGUACUAGUGAUUGUACUUCAUUCUGUUGCUAUCACAAUUGUCAUCCUUUCGAAAAGCACCUUCAUCCUUUGGCUCCUUAUAUAGCCAGACGAUGGGGCAACCAGUUUGAGAUACCUACAGCUAGUAUUUGGCAAACACACAACGGUUAGUUCAAUUUCGAUAGGAAUCAGGUGUUCCCACCUCCUGUUCUCUGCUCUGAGUGCACUGCAGUGAUGAAACCCCUUCCCUUUACUCUCUGAGCUCCAGUGCUAUCCCCUUUGUGAGUGCUGCUGAUAUCACCAUCUGCAACAGAUUUACCUUUUAGUUGGUUUGUUUUUUGUUGUUUUUUUUGCUUUUCAAAUCAACGUUCUUGUAAUGGCUAAUAGAAAAAGAGAUAUUGAAUGAGGGGAAUGGGCGAUAUCUUUGGAUUCACUCACAGUUGUGUUCAGUGAAAUACUAGUACAUUUAACUAGAUUAAUGAUCUUAUUUUUCUCUAUCUUGCACAGUUUCUUGCGAAAUGGGCUGAGAGUUCCAUGAGGGAAAUUGGAAUGUUGAAACGGUGAGAUGACUUAGUACCAUGUUUGUCCUUCUGCAGUACAGGAUAAGCAGGUUGGAGCUGAUCUUGAGACCCCCCCCUCGUGCCAAAACAUUUUCCCAAGCAUUUAUAAUGUGUUUGAGGGUGUGUAUGAAUUAAUUACCAGAGGAUUAUUUUUAGCUAGCUGCAUACCUAAUACAAAUACAUUUAUACAAUCACAUUUUGUUUGGAGAGAAAGCAAAUUAUUUAUUUUCAAAUAGGGGAUUGAGAUUCUUUCCCUUUUUAUUUUGCUUUAUUCAAUAAAGACUUAUCUUCCCAA